AUGAGCAUGUUCAGGACAGUGGCGCGCAGCGGUCUCCGCGCUGCCGCUACCACCAGCAGGAUCAGUUCGCAACGUGCCCCGAUCAUCGCCAACACAAUCACCCGUUCCUAUGCCGACAAGGCCAGCCCUACCGAAGUCAGCAGCAUCUUGGAGCAGCGCAUUCGCGGAGUUCAAGAAGAGGCUGGACUAGCAGAGACCGGUCGUGUCCUGUCUGUUGGUGACGGUAUCGCUCGUGUCCAUGGCAUGAACAAUGUCCAGGCUGAGGAGCUUGUCGAGUUUGCCUCUGGUGUCAAGGGCAUGUGCAUGAACCUCGAAGCCGGUCAGGUCGGUGUCGUGCUCUUCGGUUCCGACAGAGCUGUGCGUGAAGGCGAGACUGUCAAGCGUACCGGCCAGAUUGUCGAAGUCCCAGUCGGCGAGGCCAUGCUUGGCCGUGUCGUCAACGCCCUUGGCGAGCCAAUCGACGGCAAGGGACCCAUCAAGUCCUCCGAGAACCGCCGUGCCCAGGUCAAAGCCCCCGGCAUUCUUCCCCGCGCCUCCGUCAGGGAGCCCGUCCAGACUGGCCUCAAGUCCAUCGACGCCAUGGUACCCAUCGGUCGCGGUCAGCGUGAGUUGAUCAUUGGUGAUCGCCAGACUGGCAAGACUGCUGUCGCGCUCGAUGCCAUCCUCAACCAGAAGAGGUGGAAUGAUGGCAAGGAUGAGAGCAAGAAGCUUUACUGUGUCUACGUUGCUAUUGGCCAGAAGCGUUCGACUGUUGCUCAGCUGGUCCAGACUCUUGAGGAGAAUGAUGCCAUGAAGUACACCAUCAUUGUCGCCGCCACCGCUUCCGAGGCUGCGCCGUUGCAAUAUAUUGCGCCCUUCACAGCUUGCUCUAUUGGCGAGUACUUCCGUGACAACGGCAAGCACGCCCUCAUCGUCUACGACGAUCUGUCCAAGCAGGCCGUUGCCUACCGUCAAAUGUCUCUCCUUCUCCGUCGCCCACCAGGGCGUGAGGCUUACCCCGGCGACGUCUUCUACCUCCACUCUCGUCUCCUCGAGCGCGCCGCCAAGAUGAACGACAAACUUGGUGGUGGCUCUCUCACGGCUCUUCCCAUCAUCGAGACCCAGGGCGGCGAUGUCAGCGCCUACAUUCCCACCAACGUCAUCUCCAUCACCGACGGCCAGAUCUUCUUGGAAGCCGAGCUCUUCUACAAGGGUGUCCGCCCGGCCAUCAACGUCGGUCUCUCCGUGUCCCGUGUCGGCUCCGCUGCCCAACUCAAGGCCAUGAAGCAAGUCGCCGGGUCCCUCAAGCUCUUCUUGGCUCAAUACCGUGAGGUGGCCGCUUUCGCCCAAUUCGGUUCCGAUUUGGAUGCCGCGACCAAGCAGACUUUGUCCCGUGGUGAGCGUCUCACUGAGCUGUUGAAGCAGAAGCAGUACACACCCAUGGCUGUCAACGAGAUGGUGCCGCUCAUCUUCGCCGGUGUCAAUGGUCACCUCGACCCUGUCCCCGUCGACAAGAUUCUGAAAUGGGAGGCGGAUUUCAUCCAGCAUUUGAAGUCGAAUGAGUCGGAGCUGCUGGCGAAGAUUGAUAAGGAGGGUGCGCUGAGCAAGGAUAUGGAGACGAAGCUGAGGGAUGUUGUGCAGAGCUUCACCAAGAGCUUCUCAUAG